CCGCGCCGCUCCCUCCGCCACGAAAAAGAGACCCCGCGGUUUUUCCCCCCGGGAGAGGAGGGGGGAAAACAGGGGUCCAACCCUUUUGGAAAAUGCAAAUCAGGACUUUCAGGGGCCAUAAAAAUAUAAAAUCUGGGGACAAAGUUCUUCCCAACCCGACUCCAGAGGAACCUUCUGGUCCUUCCUGCUCCGGUGUGCAGGGGCCGAAGGAAUUCCGGGAGAUUCCGGGACAUCGAUGGAUUCCCGGGUCUGGUGGUUGACGUUGCUCCCAGUCCUGACAUUCCAACACGGAUCCCACCUGGCCACAGGUCGGGCUGGGAGCUCUCCCGGCGUUCCCGUCGUGGGGAUCCUCGGGGAGCGGGUUGUCCUGCCCUGCCGGGUGAGCCAGGAGCCCCUUCCCGAGCUUUUCUCCGUCCGCUGGGAAUUCCACGACGGUUCCCGAAGGAUCCCCGUGGGCAGUUUCGACGGGAAGAGCCGAGAGGAGGAGUGGGACGGGAGGUUCCGGGGCCGGGUGGGGUUUUUCCCCAGGGAAUUCUGGGCCGGGAAUGUGUCCCUGGGCUUGAGGAACGUCGGGAUCUCCGACCAAGGGUCCUACACCUGCCACGUGUCGGUCCAGGACGUGUCCCGGGAGGUGUCGGUGGAGCUGGAAGUGGCAGCCGUCGGCGACGUUCCCACCAUUGUCGUGAGGUCCCGGAGAAGGGGCCUGGGCCUCUCCUGCCGAGCCUCCGGCUGGUUCCCGGAUCCCCAAAUUCUUUGGCUGGACGGCCAAGGGCAGGCGCGGGAGGGAUUUCCCAGCCCCAGGACGACGCCGGAGCCGUCGGGGCUGUUCCGCGUCGACGCUUCCGUGACCCUCCCGCCCGGCUCCGACCUGGAGGUCUCCUGCAGGAUCGUCAACCCCCGGCUCAACGUCAGCAGGGAGUCCCGGAUCCGCAUCGCGGAUAUUUUCCUCCCUUCCAUCUCCUCCUGGCUGAGUGGUUUCCUGGUGCUUUUGGGCCUCAGCCUCCUCCUGGUUUCCACUCUGUUUUGCCUCCUGAGGAGGAGCCACAGGAAAAAUGCCAGUGCAGUGAAAGUGAAGCUGGAAAGGGAAGAAGAAAAAAAGAAGGUGAAGUCGCUGUUGGAAUUCCCAAUUAUUCCCUCAAUUCCACAUCUGGAAUCUCCAGACGGAGAGAAAGCCAAGAAACGAGCAGCCAAGAUCCACUUCAAGAAACGCUUGGGUCGACUGAAGGCAGAGUUGGAUUUCUGGGAAGCCAGGAGCCACUCAGUUCCCGUGGCCUGGGACGCCCUGGAGCGGAUCCUGGAGCUCCCGAGCGGGGAGGGCGACGCGGCCGCUCCCCCAUUCCCGGUGCGCGUGGGGCGGGAAGGCUUUGGAAGCGGGAAGCACUACUGGGAGCUGGAGCUGGGCCGGGAGCAGGACUGGGCGCUGGGAGUGCUGCGGGAAAAGGCGGGAGGCGAGGCCCGGCCCGUUCCCAGCCAGGAUUCCUGGGCUCUGCGCCGAUCCCAGGGAGAGCUUUUCCCCAGCGCCGGAGCCCGCGGGCUCGGGAAGCUCCGCUGGAGCGGCUCCGUCCUCGGCGUCUUCCUGGACCUGGACUGGGAGUGCCUGGAAUUCUACGACGUGGAGACCGCGGAGCUCCUGGAGAGGCUGGGUCUGAGCACCACGGGCAAUUCCCAGGGAAUGUUCUUCCCGUUUGUGUCCCAGGGGGAAGGGGUCAGGAUCCGCCCGGUGCCGAUCCCGGUCCCACUAAAGGGACUUUGAGCAGGGCUUGGGGAAAGGGGGGAGAAAAUGAUGGAAAUGGGAAUGGGAAGGAAC